CAUAGUGUAAGAGUCCCAAAUGUCUCCACUAGGUGUCAGUAAAACACUGUUUUGAGGCGUAAUCCAGUUGGCUUGGCAACGGCUGCUAUCCAUGCUAAAGUGCUGCUGAGCUGUAACAAAACACAAUGCCAGAAGUGAAAUCGACGCUCAGGGAGGUUCUGCCCAAACAAGGCCAGGUGUCCAUGGAAGAGGUCCCAACAAUGGUUCUGUGCAAACCGAAGCUGCUCCCACUCAAAUCUGUCACCCUGGAGAAACUGGAGAAGAUGCAGAUGGAAGCACAAGACGCCAUUCGACAACAGGAGCUUGCAAUGAAGGAGGAGCCCAAGUAGGAUUGUUCAGCAAACCAGUUGCACCCAAUUGACUUCUCAAACACAAAAUGGCAGAAUAGGAUAUUUAUUUUGAACAUGAACAGAAUAUUUGUAACAUUUAGAAAACAGCCUUCACAUGUUUCUUUUUUUUAAUAGUAUGGAUCCGUACACAGUACUUUUUGAACACCUGUUUCUUCCCAGAUACAAAAAUAAAAGCCAGAAAGACGA